GCACCGCCUCUUCCAAAUCGUACUUACACCGCUGCCUCUGACAUUCGCCGAUCGUGACAACCAAUAGGAAGGCACAACCGCCCCCAACUUAUAUAGCGAGACAACCAAUAGGAACGCGGAAAGAGCGCCACACCGCCCGUUCCCGUAACCUGAUCGUGAUCCAGGACGCCACGUUUUGCAGGCAGCCCUAGAGAGCCGCCGCUGCUGCUGUUGCGGGAGAGGGAGGGGGCAGUGACGUCACUAGGCCGCGCGUCAGCCUUCCUCUCACCCAGCGCCGCGCAUGCGCCGUGACAAGCUUCCCGGCGGAGACGAGCGUAGCCCUGUCGCACACACAGUGACUCGGUGUCGGAGCUGCGGUGUCCGGACUAGUGACGCUGUGACGGUGUGGGGCGCAGGGUGAGGAGAGGCCACGGGGGAGUUUCCUUGCUGCCCCUGCCUCAUACUCGUCUCCUCCACCUUUUGUUGUUAUUGCCCUCCCCGGGGGGAACCGGGGCCUUUCCCAGUCCCUCCCCAUUCGUCCCCUCCCCCAGUGUCAUCAGCGCCAGCCGAGGAUGCGGCCCGAGCCCGAGGAGGAUGAGUGUGGGCCCCUUCCCUAGGAUGUCAUCCGAGCACAAGAGCCUAGAGUCCGCCUGUGAGACGCCCGGGCCCCAGGGACCCCCCAGCCCCGCAGCCACGGACAAAAGACCCCGGGGCCGGCCGAGAAAGGAUGGUUCCUCCCCCCUGCAGAGAGCCCGGAAGAAGCCUCGUAGUAGAGGAAAAGCUGCUUUGGAGGAUGAAGAUAGCAUGGAUGGGCUUGAGGGAGCAGAACCUGAAAACUCUGCAGACACAGGGAUUAAAGAACAACCCGUGGAGGAGGGAGCGGCGAGUGAAGCAGCCGGCAUCGCACAGCUAACACCCGCCCUGCAACAUUCGUUACUGGAGGAGUCCGAAAGCUCCACCGCCUCCGUUGGAAUUGAAGCCAAAACCAGUGAACAACUUUGCGCCUUUUGUUAUUGUGGAGAACGAAGUCUCUUGGGUCAGGGAGAAUUGAAGCUGUUCAGGCCAACGCCAGACUUUCCUCUGCCAUGGAAAACCCAUUCAGAGACCACGGACACUGAAAGCAAUGAUGAGACAUGCAAAAACAGCGGAAGGACAGAGAAACAAAGAGGGCCAAGAAAAGCAAAGUCUCCACAACAUGGUGGCGCGUGUAUGAACGCAAGUACCCAGACCACAUCUGAGGAAACAACCGGAAAAUUCUGGGAUGAACUGUGUCAAGUUGGACUGCCGGAUGAUUUCCAUAUUCAAGCCUUAUUUGAGCCCUCAGGUCAGUGCUGGGCUCACCUCCGCUGUGCACAAUGGUCACCCGGCGUACACCAGACUGAAGAGCAAGAGCUGCUCAAUGUGGACAAAGCAGUUGUCUCAGGGAGCACAGAACGAUGUGCAUACUGUAAGCACCUUGGCGCUACUAUAAAAUGCUGUGAAGAGACUUGUACGCAGACCUACCAUUACCCUUGUGCGGCCGGCGCGGGCACAUUUCAGGAUCUUAAUCGCGUAACACUUUUGUGCCCAGAGCAUAUCGACCAGGCACUUGAGAGAUCUAAGGAUGAUGCAAACUGUGCUUUGUGCGACAGCUCCGGAGACUUAUUGGACCAGCUCUUCUGUACAACUUGCGGGCAGCAUUAUCAUGGCAUGUGUCUGGAUAUAACAGUGACACCGCUGAAGAGAGCAGGCUGGCAGUGCCCGGAUUGCAAGAUCUGCCAAAACUGCAAGCACUCUGGGGAUGAUAACCAGAUGCUUGUAUGUGACACGUGUGAUAAAGGAUACCAUACGUUUUGUCUGCAGCCUGUAAUGGACUCUGUUCCAACUAAUGGCUGGAAAUGUAAGAACUGUAGAAUAUGUGCAGAGUGUGGGACACGGACUAGCUGCCUUUGGCACCUGAACUGUAUGAUAUGUGAUUCCUGUUUCCAGCAGCAGGUCAGCUUGCCGUGCCCGACCUGUGACAAACCCCUACAGCCCGACCUUCACAAAGACUUGCUGCAUUGCCAUGCCUGCAAAAGGUGGAUUCAUCUAGACUGUGAAAAAUGUAUAGAAAAUGAUAUAGAUGAUCAGUUAAAAGAAGACUAUGUGUGCACUUUGUGUAAGCAACUUGAUGAAGAAGGAGACCCUGGAGAUCACUGUGUUGGAAUGGAGUUAAAUGACCCAAACAACGUUUGCACAGGAGAAAUGGAGAAGGAUACAGAUAGAAAAACAUCAUUUCCAGAUAAAGCACUUAAUCACAGUUCUCCAGAUUCAACAACUCUCUGCAUCACUGAAGAGACACCACAGCACAAUGAAAAAUCAAAAUUAGAAAAUAACGUUUCCCACUCAGACGACCCAGAAGAAAUGGAAACCUCUCAAGCCGAAAUUAAAAUGGCGAUAGCAGAAGGGGUCAUGGAGGAGACUGAACGGGAAAGACACUUGCUACUGCAGGCUGGGUCUUUGCACGAUGGACCAAAGUCUCUUCUGCUGCAAGAGAUGGAGAAUUCUGUCAAGGAUGAAACUAAACUGCAAAUGGUAUCGGAAACCCUGGAAGUUUUUCAUAAAUCUCCCAAGCCUGAGAUCAAGGUGGAUACUUGUUCAAAGAUGGACGAGCACUUUGAUUCCACUGGGGGCCAUGAACACGUUGCAGAAGAGAAUGAUGAUCCUCUUGUUUCUGAAACCUCUCAUGUUGUACAAAUGGAGGCCACCCCUACUAGUGAAUCAUUAACGGAAGCCAGUUCACCGUUCAUCGACAAAGGUUUAAAAUCACCCACGGACACGGACUCUCCCGUCACAUCUGUUGGUACAAGUAAGACCAGUGUGUCCUCCUCACCAGCAGUUUCCAUAGACUUUCAUCCUUCUCAUGACCCCUUUCAAAGUCAAACUCCUGUCAGUUCCCAUAACACAGGGAAUGCCUUUUCAACCACAUUUAUCUCUGUGACUCCAAAAAUCGGCAUGGGUAAGCCAGCUAUUACCAAAAGGAAGUUUUCACCAGGCAGACCCAGAUCACGACAGGGGGCUUGGAGUACCCAUAAUACAGUGAGCCCACCUUCCUGGUCCCCCGAUGGCUCAGAAGGUUGGGACAUUUUAAAAAGCAGACAGCUUCUCGGCAAUCCAUAUUGGAGCAUCAAAGUGGGCCGAGGCUCAGGAUUUCCUAAGAGAAGGCCACGUGGUUCCGGACUCUCAGGGCGCGGUGGACGUGGCCGGGCAAAAUUAAAAGCUCCCAUUAACAACUUCAUAUUUCCAGGGAUCACCACAUUUGAUGUGUCAUCAUACAAAGAAGAGGAAGAAACCUCAAUGCACAAUACAGUUGUUUUAUUUUCCAGAAGUGACAAGUUCACCUUAAAUCAGGAUAUGUGUCUUGUAUGUGGCAGUUUUGGCCAAGGAGCUGAAGGAAGGUUACUCGCUUGCUCCCAGUGUGGACAGUGUUACCAUCCCUACUGUGUCAGUAUUAAGAUAACUAAAGUGAUCCUGCGCAAAGGCUGGAGGUGCCUGGAGUGCACAGUGUGUGAAGCUUGUGGGAAAGCUACAGAUCCUGGGCGGCUGCUCCUCUGUGAUGACUGUGAUAUAAGUUACCAUACCUUCUGCCUGGAUCCUCCUUUACAGACAGUCCCCAAGGGAGGCUGGAAGUGCAAAUGGUGUGUCUCCUGCACAAAUUGCAAAGCAAUAACUCCAGGAUUAAGGUGUGAAUGGCAGAAUAAUUACACACAGUGUGCUCCUUGCUCCAGCCUGUCCACCUGUCCCGUCUGCUGCCAGAACUACAUCGAGGAGGAACUUAUUCUUCAGUGCCGACAGUGCAGUAGGUGGUCUCAUGCCAGCUGUCAGAACCUUAACACAGAGGCAGAGGUUGAAUUGGCUGCAGACAGCGGGUUUGACUGUGUGGCAUGUAAGCCAUAUGUAAUAACAAAAGAAGACAUUGAACCAACGACUGAUGCUCAGAUUGUUCCAAAAACAAGAGAAUCUGAUCUGCUGAAAACCUUCACACAGGACGGAGUCUGUCUGACAGAGUCAGGGCUCUCGCAGUUACAGAGCUUAACAAUCACAGUCCAGCGAAAGAAGAGGUCCAAACCAAAGCUGAAGUUAAAAAUCAUUAAUCAAAAUAGUGUGGCCGUACUGCAGACCCCACCCUAUCCCCAGUCGGAACACUCCAGAGAUGAAGAGAUGGACGAUAGCAGAGAAGUGGAUCUCAUGGACUGCGACGUGAAGUCCGACUCCAGCCCAGAACGGGAGCCUAUAGACGAUGACUCUAAAGGGACAGAAGCAUUGGACGGAUUGAAAAAACGCAAGAGAAAGCCCUACAGGCCAGGUAUUGGUGGAUUUAUGGUGCGCCAAAGAAGCCGAACUGGCCAAGGAAAAUCCCGAAGGUCACUUUCCAGGAAAGAUUCUUCAGGUUCUGUAUCUGAGCUCCUUCCAGGCAAAGAUGAAAGCUGGAAUGAACAUCUGCCAGAAACACCAGUAGAUGAUUGUAUUCCUGGCUGUGACGGCACAGAGAAGAUCAAGAAACGCUACCGGAAAAAGAAAAACAAACUGGAAGAAACUUUCCCUGCGUAUUUACAGGAAGCGUUUUUUGGCCGAAAUCUGUUGGAUACUAGCAGGCAAAACAAGGCAAGCACUGAGCAUCUGACUGAAGAUACAUCAAACAUUUUGUACAAGGCAAACGUCAAUACAAGCUUUCUGGAUCCUUCUUCAGAUCCAAUGCUCAGUUCUGCAGCAACUUUAACUCCGUCUAAGCAUUCUGAAGGUGGCUCACGGGAUCCCCUUGCUGAUCUGUCUGAGGUCUUAAACACAGAUGAUGAUAUUUUUGGGAUUCUUACGGACGACCUAGCAAAGUCCACAAAUACAACUGGUAUGUCCACAAAAGGUCUUGAUUUAUGCACUUUCCAGGUGGAAAAUUCAUCCUCUCCUUUUGCCGGGCUUGACAUAGGAACCAUGUCGGAUGAUUCGUCGGCUCUGCUCAACUCCAGUGUCGCACAGACCUCCCGGCCUCUAAGCGAGGAUCAGCUGGAUGGGAUCUUGAGCCCUGAGCUUGACAAAAUGGUUACAGAUGGUGCAAUUUUGGGGAAAAUGUAUAAAAUUCCAGAGCUUGAAGGAAAAGAUGUUGAAGAUUUAUUUACAGCUGUGCUGAGUCCUCUAGCCACCCAUCCGCCAUCUUUGCCACAACCUCCACCACCUUCAGCUCAUCCUCAUCCUCCACAUACACAGCUCUUGCCUUUGCACAACCAGGGAAAUGGCUUUUUUCCAAGAAUGCCUAUGGUCAAUGGCCUGAUGCCGCCCAAUUCUCAUCUCCAGCACAACCCUUUGGCUCCAGGAGCUGGACUAGGCUCUUUCUCCCCUUUAGCACAUGCACCGUAUGCAGAGAGCAGAGAAAAGACCCCACUGUUCCGUGGUGUGGGAAAUGAGCCUGCCAGUGCCUGGCCUACACAGUCUCCUGGCUUGGAGACCGAAGGCGAUACAAUGUCCAACGCACAGCGGAGCACUCUGAAAUGGGAGAAGGAAGAAGCACUUGGCGAGAUGGCAACUGUCGCACCCGUUUUAUACACAAACGUCAACUUUCCUAAUCUUAAAGAUGAGUUCCCCGACUGGACUACUAGAGUAAAACAGAUCGCUAAACUUUGGAGGAAAGCCAGCUCCCAAGAAAGAGCCCCAUAUGUGCAAAAGGCCAGAGACAACCGGGCGGCGCUGCGCAUUAACAAAGUGCAAAUGUCAAACGAUUCCUUGAAAAGACAGCAGCACGAGAUCAUGGAGCAGAGCAGUAUAGACUCGGAUCUUUUCAAAGAUCCACUGAGACAACGGGAAUCUGAGCAUGAGCAGGAGUGGAAAUUCAGACAGCAAAUGCGUCAGAAAAGUAAACAGCAGGCUAAAAUUGAAGCCACACAAAAACUUGAGCAGGUAAAGAGUGAACAGCAGCAGCAACAGCAGUUUGGAUGUCAGCAUCAUCUGAGCCAGUCUGGCAGCGAUACACCAAACAGUGGCAUACAUAGCCCUCUGACGCCACAACCGGACAGUGGCAACAUGUCACCCGUUCAGCAGAGCUUUAAUAAAGAUAUUUUUCCCAAGCAACCAUUGCCUGAAACCCCAACGUCAUUUUCAGAUGAUGUUUUUCUAAAACCGCAAGCUCCUCCUCCAACCCCAACAAGAAUACCUUUACAGGACUCCCAUCAGUUGUCCCAGCCACCUUCACCACAGAUGUUUUCUCCCAGUUCUUCAAACUCUAGACCUUCAUCUCCUUUUGAUCCAUAUGCUAAAAUGGUUGGCACACCCAGGCCCCCUCCAACAGGUCAGACAUUUCAUAGACGGAACUCUAGGUCACCUGUGGAUGUUUGUCCUACCAGAGCAAACUUGGGGUGUGAGUCUAAUGAUAAUCGUCCAUCUCCUGUUAGAGACUCAUGUUCAUCUCCUGUCAGCAGUGAUCCAUCGCUAAAGGUACCUCAUUCUCAGAGAACAUUGAUGGCUUCAGAACCACUUUCCAAACUGACAGGACUAGUAAGGAUGGCCGUCAGUGUCGACCAAGCAGGAGAAGGUUCUUUGAUGCUUGGAAGCAAUGAUUCUUUUUCAAAACUUCCUUCUAGGUCAGAUAUAUUUCAGAGACAGCAAAUGCCACAUUCUAAAGUUGUUGAUCAAUAUAAAAGACCGCCUUUAACCCCAACUCCAGGCAUUACUGAUGGUAAUUUAGCUCCAUUUAAAACUCCUAUGCGCCCACCUCAAUCGCCACAAGACUCUUACAGUUCGUUGCCCACCACUGCUAGACGUCUAUCUGUAGAUCCAUAUGAAAGGCCUCCCUUGACACCUAGGCCAGCUGAAAAUUUCUCCCACGAUCCUUAUAGCCAGUCAGCCCUAAGCAGUCAUUCUGCAUUAAAUGAACCAUUUGUGUAUCCAUAUAGGGUUAUGAGACAGCAUAAUGACACCAUUUCACAAUCUGGUAAUAUGAGUAGGCCAAAUACACAGGAUCCAUAUGCUCAGCAACCAGGAACACCACGCCCUGUAACAAAUCCCUAUUUACAAUCUCCUACUGCUUCUAGAUCUUCAGUCAUUGACCAUUACAUUCAGCAGCCACCCAGACCACCUGGACAGUCAACUGACCCAUACAGCCAGCCACCAGGUACACCAAGGCCAAAUAUGGGAGAUGUGUUUGUUCUGCCCACUCUGAAUAAGAGACACCAUGAUCUUUUUUUAUCUGGAAAUUCAAGGCAGGUUGUGGAUCCAUAUUCUCAGCAGCCAGGAACGCCAAGGCCUGUCUCUGUAGAUCCGUAUUCUCAACCUCCUGGAACUCCAAGGCCUGUCCCUUCUGAUCCAUACGCUCAGCCUCCUGGAACUCCAAGACCUGUCCCUUCUGAUCCAUAUUCUCAGCCUCCUGGAACUCCAAGACCAGUCCCUUCUGAUCCAUAUUCUCAGCCGCCUGGAACUCCAAGGCCAGUCCCUUCUGAUCCAUACGCUCAGCCUCCUGGAACUCCAAGGCCUGUCCCUUCUGAUCCAUACGCUCAGCCUCCUGGAACUCCAAGGCCUGUCCCUUCUGAUCCAUACGCUCAGCCUCCUGGAACUCCAAGGCCUGUCCCUUCUGAUCCAUACGCUCAGCCUCCUGGAACUCCAAGACCAGUCCUUUCUGAUCCAUACUCUCAGCCUCCUGGCACUCCAAGGCAAGUCCUUUCUGAUCCAUACUCUCAGCCUCCUGGAACUCCAAGACCAGUCCCUGUUGAUCCAUACUCUCAGCCUCCUGGAACUCCAAGACCUGUCCCUGCUGAUCCAUACUCUCAGCCUCCUGGCACUCCAAGGCCAGCCUCUUCUGAUCCGUAUUCUCAGCCCCCUGGAACACCACGCCCUGUCACAUCUGAUCCAUAUUCUCAGCCUCCAGGUACACCAAGGCCUGUUCUUUCAGAUCCUUAUUCGCAACCUCCUCGAACACCGAGACCUGUCCUCUGUGAUCCUUAUGCUCAGCCACCACGAACUCCAAUGCCAGGUAUUCUAGAGAAUUGUUCACCUGCCAUUAGAGGAGGCUUGCUCUCAAAUCAGGAACAUUUCAUGCAGAUCACACACAGUCGGGGAUCAUCUAUGCAUGCCCCAUUCAUGAGACCAUCAGACCAAAAUCCACGACCUGCAGGUCCAGGUCCAUCUGAUAUGUUUGGCCAUUCUUCAGCUGGUCCAUCUCAUGAUCCCUAUGAUCAGCCUCCUAUGACUCCUCGAAUGCAGACUGGAGAUUUUUGUGAUACCACUGAGGCUGUUGAUCCUCAAAGACCCUUAAUAGAGGAAGCUUUUGCUGUGCCUCUAGGAACUGCUGCCAACCCUCAACUUCAGCCAUUUCCUAACAUGCAGCAAGGUUUAGUGUCCGUAAUCCCAGAUGCACAGAUUUCUAUGACCUUGACGCAAGCAGAAGCAGACGAGAAAUUAAGACAGCGGCAAAAGCUACGAGAGCUUAUUCUGAGGCAGCAGAAAAACAAAAGUUCAGUGCGCCUGGAGAAGGCAUUGCUUGAUCCACUGCAGAUAUCCCAAGGCAGCCAUCCUACUCAUUGGCAACCAGAAAAUCCUCCUCCUCCUCAGAGUGAAGUCUUUAACAGGCCUCCGCCUCCUUACCCAGGGAGUAUGAGAGUUCCUUUUGGUCCAAAAGGAAGCCCAAGAUUUCCUGUAUUUGCAAAAGAUCAGCGUGGGCCAUUUCCUGGUAAUGCACAGUUUAACAGACCACCAUUUUCAGGGGACAUUUCAAGCAUGAGAAUGAGGCCUCCUCAAGGCACCAGAUUUGCUUACCCGAUGGUUGGCCCUGGUUCUGUUUUAGGUCAUGAGCGCUUUGGAGGAAAUCCCUUACAAAUGCAGGUGUCUGGCAUGCAACCGCAAAUGAGAAGGGAGAUGUCCAUUGAAUUGACCAGACCUGUCAACAGCUCACAAAUGAGCAAUGCUGUUGGCCUCCCUCUGCAUUUUCCUCACCAGGGGAUGCAGCAGCAUAAUAUAUCAGGCCAAGCAUACAUUGAACUUCGACACAGGCCUCCAGAUGGUAGACCAAGAAUUAUUUUUGCACCUCCAAACAUGAUAGAUGGCUCUCAAAAUAUUAGACAUGGAGGCUUUUUCCCAAGGCCAGAUUGCCAUGGUCAGAGAUUAAUGGAGCCAUCUCAAGUUCUCCAUCCGGCUCUUCCCAAUCUGAUGCAUAUUCCACCAGAUCUGGAUCAAUUAAUACCUGCUUCACAACAAGGACACCUACAUUCAGAACAUCAGCCUGUCCUUGUAAUGGGAGGGAUGGAGCAUCCUUCAGAUAAUGAAUCCUUCUUGCAAUCUUCUUUACAUCCAAUGAGUUCAAAUGAGGAAGCUGAUAACCUGCCAAUUGAUAGUCAUGCUAAUAAUGGUUUAGAAGUGAAACUCGAUCCCGAUGAUACAUCUGAAAAAGACUUGGAUGUGAAAGAUUUGGUUGGAGUCGAAGUUAAAGACUUAGAUGAUGAUGACUUGGAAAAUAUAAAUUUAGAUCCAGAUGAUGCAAAGGGGGACGAAUUAGAUGCUCUGGAUAACCUGGAAACAAACGAUGAUCCUCAGCUCGAUGACCUGUUAAAGUCAGGGAAAUUUGAUAUUAUUGCUUACACAGACCCAGAGCUUGACCUUGGAGAUAAGAAAGACUUGUUUAAUGAGGACUUGGACCUUGGUGUGCCAAUUGAUGAUAAACUGGAGCUCCCAAGCAAGUGUGAUAAAAUUGCCACAGAACAACACGCUAGUCAAUCUCUGUCCCCUACUUUAUUAUCUGCUCCACAGGCUGGCUGUGUUUCCCUAGAAAUUAAAGGAGAACCUACAGCAUCAAAUGCAAACGACAAACCAUUUGUUGAUAUUAAGUCUGAACUUGGCGUGGAGGCCGGAACUCAACAGCCUGAUGAUGAUUCGGCUUCUGUGCCAUCAUGCAGUAGUGAGUGCUCAGGUAAAGGAGAAAAGGAAAAACAGCCUAAUCCACAUAUGUUUGAAGAUCCACUAGCGCUGCCUGAUCAAGAUCUCAGUAGUUCAGGUAACCUACCAGAAGCUACACCAGUACUUUCAGGCUUGUUAUCAACUGAAACAUCUGGUAAUGCUGAAGGAGAAAGUUUAGAUUGUCCUCCCGCUGCUGUGGUAACAACUCAACCGAACCCUUUGCUGUGUAUUGCUCAAGAUGGACCACCCGAGCAGCUACUAGAACAUGCUUUAAACCCACCAAUGGAGCCAAGACUUAACCAUGGCUUUCCUCAAGGGUCCCCGUCUAAAUCGCCCUUUCAACAACAAGCUCUGCCCAGUGGUCAUAAUUUUGUCACCGAGGAUAACCAAAAUCAAACCGUCCCCCUUUCAAAUCAACCAUGUGCUACGGGCUUGCCAAGUGCUCAGCAAUUAAUGCUCCUGCAGAACCGCGAGAGACCCCUUCUUUUGGAAGAGCAGCCUCUUUUACUGCAGGAUCUGCUUGAUCAGGAGAGACAGGAACAGCAGCAGCAAAGGCAGAUGCAAGCAAUGAUCCGGCAACGUUCAGAGCCAUUCUUUCCAAAUAUAGAUUUCGAUGCAAUUACCGAUCCCAUAAUGAAAGCAAAAAUGGUUGCGCUCAAAGGCAUAAAUAAAGUUAUGGCACAAAACAAUCUGGGGAUCCCACCAGUGGUGAUGAACCGAUUUCCCUUUAUGGCACAACAAAUAUCUGCAGCACAAACUCCUGAUGGCCAGAAUAUUGUCCAGCAAGCAAUUACUCAGGAUGGAAACCUUGCACCACAGAUGAUGAGGCCCGAUCCACCAAACUUCGGGCCAGGCUUUGUCAAUGAUUCUCAGAAAAAGCAGUAUGAAGAAUGGCUCCAAGAGACCCAACAGCUCCUCCAGAUCCAGCAGAAGUUUCUAGAAGAACAGAUUGGAGCUCACAGAAAAUCUAAGAAGGCUCUUUCAGCCAAACAGCGGGCUGCAAAAAAGACCGGUCGCGAGUUCCCUGAAGAGGACGCUGAGCAGCUAAAACAAGUUACUGAGCAACAGAGUAUGGUGCAGAAACAGCUGGAACAGAUACGAAAGCAGCAGAAAGAGCACACUGAACUGAUUGAAGAAUAUAGAAAUAAACAGCAUCCGCAAUUCUCGAUCACCCCGAUGAUUCCUGGGGGUCCACACCAAGCGCCUGUGAUGCCUGGAGGAGCUCCACCCCCUGUCAAUACGCAGAAUUUUCCUAUGGCUCAAACACUACAUCCCCAGGCACCUGUGAUGCUUGGGCAAAGCAAUCCAGCGAGAAUGCCAAGUUUACCAGGAUGGCAGCCUCCCCGAGCCCUCGUACAACCUAAUACUCCCCGAGCCCUUGUCCAACCUAAUGCUCCUCGAGCUCUUGUCCAACCUAAUACUCCCCAAACUCUUGUCCAACCUAAUGCUCCACAAGCUCUUGUCCAAGUUAAUGCUCCCCGCGCCCUCGUCCAACCUAAUGCUCCCCGAGCUCUUGUCCAACCUAAUGCUCCCCGAGCCCUCGUCCAACCUAAUGCCCCCCGAGCUGUUGCCCAAUCUAAUGCUCCCCAGAUGCAGCGUCCAAUGAAUGCCGACGAGGCAAAUUCUAAUGCCAAUGCUCCACCCAGGGUGGAAUUCGAUGACAACAACCCUUUUAGCGAAAACUUUCAGGAGAGGGAGCGCAAGGAGCGUCUGCGGGAGCAGCAGGAGCGCCAGCGUAUUCAGCUGAUGCAGGAGGUGGAUCGGCAACGAGUUCUGCAGCAGAGGCUUGAAAUGAUUGGACCUGACCUAAAUAAUGACUCUUUGUCUCAGAUGCCUUUUUUCAGUUCUGAAUUGCCCAGUGACUUCAUGGAGCUAACACAGCAGCCAACACAAACUGUCCAUACAAUGCCUCAGCAAAACAUACAGCAGGGGCUUGUAAAUUCUCCCCCAGCCGCCCCCUUUAUCCAGACUGCUGAGAGAAGUCCAAUGGGAUUGUCUCCUUUUGGGCAAGGGGCCCAGCCCGGCUCAGCAGUCCCAAAUGUACAGUCCGUUCUACAGUCUCCUGGCAGUAUUCUUACAAAGCCUCCGUUUGCAUCAAGUGUUCCCUCUGCAUCUCCAGUAGCUGAUAAUAGUCAUUCCUCCGAGCAUGACAACAUGGCUGCCACCAACACCUCAAGCCAGUCCCUUAUCCAGUUAUAUUCAGGGAUCAUUCCUGAGGAGAAAGGCAAAAAGAAACGACAGAGAAAAAAGAAGAAGGACGAUGAUGCUGAGUCUAUAAAGUCGCCUUCCACUCCCCGGUCCGAUAUGACGGCUCCUCUCACACCAAGUAUUUCAGAAGCAUCCACGCCAACGGUGCCUCGCAAUGAUCCCGCUGAUUUCAUUCGCUCGUCAACUCCAAAUGCGCCCGGUAACGUCACUAUGGAAUUGGAAGAUCCUUUUGUCCCUGGUGAUGUGAAACAAAGACUAUUUCAGGAGCCUAACCCUGAACGUACCGCCGGGCCCCAUCAUACAAACGAGGCCCUCAAAAUCCGGGACAUUAAAUUGGAACGGGCCGAUGAAGACCAGCCUGCUGAAGCCGCCGAAGAAGGGAGAAUGGAGGAAAAUAAAGCCACGCCGCACGACGCACUUUCAAUGGACAUAACUUCUCAGCCAGCAAGUGGCCCCUCAGGAAAACUGGAAUCCGGAAAUGAAUUGCUCAAGCACUUGCUGAAAAAUAAAAAGGAACCAUUCAUGUUGCACCAGAUAUCGGAAGAAAGCCUAAGGUCAGAAGAGGCCUGUCCCCUCAAUGUUAAGGUGCCGGAUGCACAAGGACAUAUGAACUCUCUGCAAAUGCUGGAGAAUAAAGAACCCAGUUGUUUCAACCUCAAUCAAAGCUUGUUCCAAAAAAACGAAUUUGAGAUGGAAAAAAAGAAACCGAGGAACAAACGAGUACAGAGGUCGAAGGAGAAAGCCACCCCACGCUCAAAAAAGAGAAAAAAGGAUGAAGAGCAGAGGCCAGCUAUUUAUGGCCAUGCAGAGACAUUUACCCAGAUAAAGCAGCAGCUGUCCCUUCUUCCAUUAAUUGAGCCCAUCGUAGGAAUGAACGUUGCACAAUUUGUUCCCUAUGGGACUGGAUCGUUGGGCACAGGGAGCCGCCUCCUUGGUACCUUUGGCAGUGCCUCGCUGGAAGGGGUGUCGGACUAUUAUUCCCAGUUAAUAUUCAAGCAAAAUAAUCUGAGUAAUCCACCAACACCGCCAGCGUCCCUUCCGCCCACUCCUCCGCCGGUGUCCUGUCACAAGAUGGUGAAUGGAUUUGCCACAACGGAAGAGCUGGCAGGGAAGGCCGCAAUAUUAGGUGGUCACGUUACCAAAACCCUUGGACCCAAACAAUUUCAGCUGCCUUUCAGGUCACAGGAUGAUUUGAUAGCAAGAGCCAUGACUCAGGGACCGAAAUCUGUAGAUGUCCCUGCAUCUCUACCCACCCCUCCCCAUAAUAAUCAGGAGGAGUUAAGGACUCAGGAUCACUGUGAUGCCAGGGAUAGCCCUGACAGUUUUGUGCCCUCCUCAUCACCCGAGAGCGUGGUUGGAAUGGAAAUCAGCAGGUACCCGGACUUGUCCCUUGUAAAAGAAGAGCCGCCAGACCCUGCUUCAUCUCCGAUUAUCCCCAUCCUUCCUAGCAGCACCGGCAAAGGUUCUGAGCUUCGGGAUUGUGGAUUUAAAACUGAACCCCCAACAAUGUUCUUUGGACCACAGUUUGUUCAGGCUCCCAAUGGCCCUAAAGCAGGUCUGAUCUCCGUGGCCAUCACUUUACAUCCCACAGCCGCUGAGAACAUUAGCGGUGUUGUUGCUGCCUUUGCGGAUCUUCUGCAAGUCCAGAUUCCUACCAGCUAUGAAGUGAGCAAUGCGCGUGAGCCUGGCUCUAUCAUCCUGAUGAAUGGCCACAGACUCAAUCCUAAUAUGGAGUACAGGCACCAGUUUCUCCGGCAACGGCCAAGGCCAGGACUCAUGCCCCAAGGACGGCUGAUUGGUCCCUACGGACUAAGGCCACAAAACCUGCCUAUUCUUUCAUCUGAUAACGGGUUCAGACAUCACAAUCCAAAUACAGAAUCAUCUCCAAUGCUGAAGCCUUCCUGGUGUUGUCACUGCAAAGUGGUCGUUUUAGGAAGCGGCGUUAGAAAAUCACUGAAGGAUCUGCGUUUUAUUAAGCAGGAGUAUCUGCAGAGCCCAGGAAAAAUGGACGGGAACUUGGUGUUCUGUAGUAACAACUGCUUCUUGCUGUUCUCAGCCGCCCAAUCAAAACCAACGGAGACCAAGCGCCUGGAUCCAUCCUUCUCGCCACCAUCUGUAAAGGAAGCACAACCAAAAUCAUGCCAUCAGUACAACACCAACACUUCCACCCUCGAUGUUCAUUGCCUUCCUUUGCUGCAGGAAAAGAGCUCGUCACCCUCCUCACCUCCCAUAUCUUUCCCUCCGGCCGCUUAUGAGGCUGCGAAAGUCGAGGCGAAACCAGACGAACUGAAAGUCACCGUGAAGUUAAAGCCGCGGCCCAGAGCAGUUCACGGCGGCCUGGAUGAUUGCCGUCCGGCCAGCAAGAAGUGGAGAGGAAUGAAGUGGAAGAAAUGGAGCAUCCAGAUUGUUAUCCCCAAGAUGCCUUUCAAGCCUCAGUGUGAGAAUGAACUGGAUGAAAUGUUCAGCAGGUUGGGGACCUCCCUGAAACCCCACCCUCUGUGCAAAGACUACAGGAAAUGCUGUUUUUGCCACGAAGAAGGUGACGGAUUAACGGACGGGUCGGCGAGGCUCCUCAAUCUGGACCUGGACCUUUGGGUCCAUUUGAACUGCGCCCUUUGGUCCACGGAGGUCUACGAAACGCAGGCGGGUGCCUUAAUUAACGUGGAACUGGCAUUGCGCCGCGGCCUGCAGAUGAAGUGCGUGUUCUGUCACAAGACCGGAGCCACCAGCACUUGUCAUAGGAUAAGGUGCACCAAUAUUUAUCAUUUCACCUGUGCGAUGAAAGCACAAUGCAUGUUUUUUAAAGAUAAGACUAUGCUUUGCACCAUGCACAAGCCCAAAGGAAUCCACGAGCAGGAGCUCACCUACUUUGCCGUCUUUCGGAGGGUUUAUGUACAGCGGGAUGAAGUCCGACAGAUAGCGAGCAUAGUCCAGAGAGGGGAGCGAGACCACACGUUCAGAGUCGGAAGUCUCAUCUUCCACGCCAUUGGACAGCUGCUGCCUCAGCAAAUGCAGAGCUUCCAUUCGGCCGCAGCGCUUUUCCCUGUCGGGUAUGAAGCCAGCCGGCUGUACUGGAGCACGCGCUAUGCCAACAGGCGCUGCCGCUACCUGUGCUCCAUCGAAGAGAACGAUGGCUUGCCGCUGUUUGUAGUUAGGGUCAUGGAACCUGGCCACGAAGAACUGGUUCUCAUGGAUUCUUCACCCAAAGGUGUUUGGGAGAAGAUUUUGGAACCUGUCGCAAACUGCAGGAAAGGUUCGGAGAUUCUCAGGCUGUUCCCAGUGUACUUAAAAGGGGAAGAUCUCUUUGGGUUAACGGCCUCCGCUGUGACAAGGAUCGCAGAGUCUCUUCCUGGCGUGGAGGCCUGCGAGAAUUACACAUUCCGUUACGGCCGAAAUCCGCUGAUGGAGCUCCCCUUGGCCAUCAACCCCACCGGCUGCGCCCGCUCAGAACCCAAAAUGAACUCUCAUGUCAAGAGGUUUGUGUUAAGGCCUCACACCUUAAAUAGCACCAGCACUUCCAAGUCCUUUCAGAGCACAGUAACCGGAGAGCUGAAUGCGCCGUACAGCAAGCAGUUUGUCCACUCCAAAUCUUCUCAGUACCGGAAAAUGAAGACUGAAUGGAAAUCUAAUGUAUACCUGGCCCGAUCUCGCAUUCAGGGUCUGGGCUUAUAUGCUGCUAGAGACAUUGAAAAGCACACAAUGGUCAUUGAAUACAUUGGAACAAUUAUACGAAAUGAAGUAGCCAAUAGAAAGGAGAAGCUUUACGAGUCACAGAAUCGUGGUGUGUACAUGUUCCGCAUUGAUAACAAACAUGUCAUUGAUGCAACGCUGACUGGGGGACCUGCAAGGUAUAUCAAUCAUUCAUGUGCACCCAACUGUGUGGCUGAAGUAGUGACGUUUGAGAAGGGGCAUAGAAUUAUAAUCAGCUCCAAUCGCAGGAUACAGAAGGGCGAAGAGCUCUCUUAUGACUAUAAGUUUGAUUUUGAAGACGACCAGCACAAAAUUCCCUGCCACUGCAGUGCUGUAAACUGCCGCAAAUGGAUGAACUAAUGGCAUUCCUUGCUCCUCCAACGUUUCUCUUGUCCCUAAUAUGUGAUGUGAAACACGCAGGUGAAAUACUAACUCAGCACUCGGAGUAAGGAACCUGCUAGCCACCGCCCCCAAGAUGGGAGGCCUCCGCGAGCAACAUGGCUGCCCUCCGUGACGGAGCUUCCCAUUGGUCGGCUGGUUCUAGAGUCCAGCACUUCUCUGCUUUUGAGCUCACUGAAGAAGAAACUCAUUUUUGCUGGGCGGGUGGGCUAAAUAGAUGAAUGUAAGACUGAAAUCACCAGCGAAGUGAGACGCCCAAGUGCUGGCCACGGCCUUAUUCGAAUAAAGGGGCAGGCCCUCUAAUAAAGAAAAAUAAAACGUAGACACCACUGAACAAGGAAUGUACUGAAACGACUUCCUUAGGGAUAGAGCUAAGGGAAAAAACAAAUAACUUGCACUAAAACACAUUUACAAAUACUUGAUUCCAUGAGUCAGUUUAUUGUAGGUUUUUUUUUUUUUUAUUUCUGUAAUAUAAGAGAGACUUUUUGUAUUUAUUAUUGGAUAACGGAAUGAAGCUAUUUUUUAAAAGAAAAACAAAUUAGAAGAAAGCCAAGCUGCUGCUGUUACCCGCAGAAUUAACAGAAACCAUGUUACUUUGUACAGACGUGUAAAUAUUUUGCAAAUAUAAAAAUUGUAUUAAAAAAAAAAAAAAAAAUAGUGAUUGACCAAACGCAACCCAAAUCCCUGCAGCAGUUAUGGGUGCUACGGGCGACCUUUACA